UAAAUCUCAGUAUAGCGGUGCAUUUAAAGAAAGAAGGUUGUAAAAAACAGAAAAAAAGCAACCAAGAAAACAAACCAAAGUACUAAUAAAAAAAAAGAAGAAUAAAUGACAAGAUAUACGCCAAAGAAUUUUUAUUACAAUAAAUUAUUUUUUAAAAUGAAAAAAGUGUGCGCUAAUAAAAGCUGUUAAAAGUUACAAGUGAAAGAAGUUCAGAAAAAACAACUCAAGACAAGUUCUUUAAAAACCAAAAGAAACACUUAACGACUUUUUGUAAAUAUUUAAUUAAACACAAACCAAGGAAUUCGUGGCCAAGAAAUUAAAAAAAAAAAAUAUCCCGCCACAUUGAAAUCACAGAUUCCAACAGCUCGCAAUGUAUGUUGCAAAUUCCACUGGUGGUCUGAUGUUGCAGACCAUGCUGUAUUUGGCCAAUCACACAAAUAGAGCGGCCAUGGAUACUCUAAUCGAUUUACCCCCCUCCACCAAAGCAGAUGUGAAUGAAGUCAAGUGCUAUGGUGUCUAUGGCUGUUUCCCGCUAAAUGGUCCCUGGCAUACCAAAACCCGUCCCAUCAAUGCACAUCCCCAGAAACCCUCUCAGAUAGAGCCUCACUUUACUUUGUAUACAACGCGCGCAUUCGAUGACCCUAAGUAUAUUGACUUAAAUGAUCCGGAAGCUAUACGUUAUAUGGGCAUAAAUCCGAAUGGAAAAUUAUAUAUCAUAGCACAUGGUUAUUUGGAGGCAGGAGAUAUACCAUGGAUGAUUGAAAUGGGCAAAACUCUGCUGCAGCAUGAACCCGAAGGCCAAGCUGCUGUUGUACUCAUCGAUUGGGGUGGUGGUUCAAGUCCACCAUACAUUCAAGCUGUGGCCAAUAUACGUCUAGUGGGUGCCAUCGCAGCCCAUGUCAUUCAUAUGAUCUACGAAGAGUUGGGCAUGGACAAUUUACAUAAGGUGCAUUUUAUUGGUCAUUCAUUGGGCUCCCACUUGGCCGGCUAUGCUGGAACGCAUUUGCAAAAGGAUUUCGGUUUGAAAUUGGCUCGCAUCACUGGCUUGGAUCCUGCGGCCCCUCUAUUCGGCGAGACCGAUCACAUAGUUCGUUUGGAUCGUAGCGAUGCUCAUUUUGUGGAUGUCAUACACACCGACGCCUAUGUGGUGGCUGGCCUGGGUCUUUAUCAGCGCAUUGGUCACUUAGAUUUCUAUCCCAAUGGGGGUAUAUCUAUGCCUGGUUGUGAUAUGAAGCUACAGGACUAUAUGCGCAACCGAGAUAAUACUCUGUUCCAGAAUAUGCAGGAGUAUUUGGGCUGCAAUCAUUUGAGGAGCUAUCAAUAUUUUACAGAGAGCAUAGGCAGCAAAUGUCCGUUUAUGGGCAUUACCUGUGAUUCUUUUGAGAGCUUUAAAGAGGGCAAAUGUUCCAGAUGCAAUGAAAACGACAAACAUUGCUUUAGAAUGGGUUUCCAUAGCUAUGAGGAUUAUCGUCCUAUGGUUAAGGCACGCAAAUUGGAUCUCAAAAAGCCUCCUGUACUUUAUCUGAUGACCAGUGACAAGGCUCCCUUCUGUCGUAAUCACUACAAAAUCACUGUACGCGUUUCCGGCCACGACCAGAGUACCACCCAUGGUGGUGAAAUUGGCACUCUAUCUUUGAGAUUACAUAGCAAGAGCAAAAAACAUGAGACAGAGACCAUGCAAUUUUCACCAGAGCCCAAAUUCUUUGAGCCUGGUUAUGAAUACUCCAGCAUGGUGGUGGGCCAUCACAUUAAGGAUCCCGUCUACGCCAGUGUCUUUUGGGAAUAUCAGACGAGCUUAUUCAAUCCCUUGACAUGGCGUCUGCUCACAUCGCCGCGUAUAUUUAUUUCGUACAUAAUCAUAGAAUCAUUGGAAUCACCUCAUGUUUAUCUCAAGCUAUGUCCCAUCAAUGAAUCAUCUGCUGUUAUAGCUGGAAGUGAAAAUAUAAUGCAAGAACAGUAUUGUCAACAUGCCUCCUCCUCACACACACCUAAGACGAUAAAAUAGGGAAACAGAGGACAUAGCCUGCCCAAAAACAGGGCUAAAAGGAAUUUUAGUCCUUAUAUGUAAACAACGAAUAAUACCUGCCACUUUAGUAUAAGAAAACCCAUCAAAAACUCAGUAUCUUGAAGUGAGAAAGUUUGGUUGUGCAAAGCCAAAUUGAUCAAAAUUCAAAAUUUCAACUCAAACACAGACUGACACAGAGAUGAAAUAACGACAGCAACGACAUAGGGUGACUCCAAAUUAUGUAUUAAUAGAAAAGUAACAUCUAGCCAAGCCACAAACCCAGAGGGAGAUUUUUAAGGGAAUUAUUGAUAAAUAACCCAACCGAAAUUUCCCCUUAUUGACUUUGACCAAGCCACAAACCUAAGUACGUUUAAAAGGAAAUUUUAAAUUUGAAAUUUCCCCUUAUUGACUCUAAUGGUUUGUGUAUUGGCUACAUUUACUGGGUUUUGGUCGUUAUUAAGUCUUUUGGUUCCGUUAUUGUAAUUGGAAAAAAUUAACGGUAUUUAUUAAUUGGUUUAUUUUUUACUCCAAAAAGUAUACUACGAAACUAAGCAAUGCAUAUUUAUCCUUUUCAUGGGAUAACCCACAAAACACAGGGUGAGUUAUGGUUUUGCAAUGCAACAAAAUUUUUAAUUAAAAUAUAUAAUUUAUUUGUUUACUAUUUUAUUCAAUAAUAUAAAUGUUGCAUUGCAUUGCUAUUCCCACCAAUGGUUUUUGGGGCAUUUGUAAAUAAUUUCAGUACAAAAGAAAGAAAUCAUCACUAAGCUAAUAUUUAUUUAAUAUUUAUUAUUCAUUUUGAAAUCUAAAGUCAAGCUUUUAAAUUCAAAUUUUAAAUAUAUUUAGAUAUUAUCAUCCUUAUGGAUUGUUUAAUCAAAUAACUUAAUCGAGUACCAAUUAACCAAGAGUACUUAAGAAUUUUUUGUUCUUACGAAAAGUUGGUUUUGCUUUUUUCGCAUUUUGAGAGCUUUGAUUUUAGUUGCAUUUGGAUGAACAGUAAAAAAGUUGCUUAUUAACAACUAUAUGAAUCAGAUUGGAAGUAAAUUGGAUUUCUCAUAGCUAAAAUUUAAUUAUAAUUAUAUUGUAAUAUUUAUGAACCAUUGUAUUUAUAUACAUAUAUAUAAAAAACAUAAAGAAAACUAUACAACACUAAUAUAAGAAAACAAAGCAAAUAAAUACUAUAUAAAUAAUAA